ACCGUGUUAUCAUACGCGAUAAAAUUGACGUACCUGUUAUCACUAGCGCUUCACGAUGUAAGCGGACAUUACAACGUGUUAGCUCGUACGAUAGUUAUAUGAAUAUAGUGUGUGUUACCGGUACACAAUUGAUAAUUGUACGUUCAUUCUCUUGGAAGGUGUACGAGUAGUGGAAUCAAUAUCAGAUUCGUUAGCAACAGACAAUGGGAUGCGGGGCCAACGUCGAUUGGAGCCGGGCCCACAAACAGCCGGUUAGAAACUGCGUAUUGCAAAAACGAGUAGAUAAUAUGGACAUGAUGCCGUAAGUGAAAGGGACUAAGAAUGAGCUGUUCCGUGGAAUUACGCCAGCGUAGACAACAGGGGAUGGCGGAGGAUCCUCAUAAACUCGCGGCGAUGAUGAACAAAUCUCAAAGACUCGUACUGGGACUUUUGGUUUUACUAUUAGUCGAUAUAAUUUGGGUCUCUAGUUCUGAGCUUACCAAAUAUAUUUACAGAGAAGCAACAUUUGAAAAGCCAUUUUUUAGUACAUAUAUAAGGACAUCUAUGUUUACCCUUUACUUAUUUGGUCUGUGCUUUUGGCCAUCCUGGCGAGAACAAUGUAAUAAACCUGCAACAUACAUGUUCAUAGAUCCCAAUGUCGAAGAUGAUAAUUUUUAUUCGGAGGCUAAUACAAGUCUAAGCGAUCCAACAUUUGUUCCAAUAAAAACUCCGGAUCAUUGUGAUCGCUCAUCAGGUACGGAGAGCGAUGAUUCGUCUAUUCGAUCUGUAAGAUUUAGCAAAUUAGCAGAAGUGCGUCAUAUGUCGGAAAGCGAUGCCACGGAAGCUCUAUUGGCUCGACUCAGUUAUCAAGCAAGCGUGAGAGCAGGAGAACACGCAAGGCGACAAGCUAACAAAUUCUCUGUACAAAAAGUGGCUAAAAUAGCCCUCAUGUUUUGUGUAUUUUGGUUCAUGGCGAAUUACACGUAUCAAAUAUCAUUAGAGCAAACUGAAGCUAGAAUCGUGACUAUAUUGUCCUCGAUGUCUAGUUUAUUCAUUUUAUUUCUUGCUGCCGUUUUCCCUAGUAAUGGAGGGGAUAAGUUUACAUUAUCUAAGUUAACCGCCGUAGUGAUUAGCAUCUUUGGACUAAUUUUAGUCGGUCUUUCAGAUUUGACUGUAGAAAGCAACAGCAUAUCAACAGGCGUAAUAUUAGCUCUAGUCAGUGCUUUCUUCUAUGCCGUAUAUAUCGUAUUUUUAAAAAGAAAAGUUGAUCACGAAGAUAAAAUGGAUAUACCAAUGUUUUUCGGCUUUGUGGGAAUAUUUACUUUAACGCUUCUGUGGCCUUUAUUUUUUAUUCUUCAUUAUGGUCGUUGGGAAGAGUUUGAAUGGCCCAGUAGUCAUCAAUGGACAUUCUUAAUUAUAAACGGCCUGAUUGGUACAGUUCUGAGUGAAGUUCUGUGGCUAUGGGGUUGUUUUUUGACAUCAUCCCUCAUAGCAACAUUGGCAAUAAGCUUAACGAUGCCUAUGUCAAUGAUAGCCGAUGUUCUCUUGAAAAAAAUAGAAUAUCCUUGUAUUUUCUAUUUAGGAAGCAUUCCAAUGCUUUUGGCAUUUCUGACGGUAUCUCUCCUGUCUUAUUACGAUAAUUGGGAUCCUGUUAUGGAUUUAAUGAAACGAUUUUACAUCUGGAUUUGUAAAAGAAAUGGCAGAUCUGCAAGGAUUCCAGAUCUUGAAGCAGAACAAACAGAAUCUUUGAUAGGAGUCGGUAGUGGCGAUCAUGAAGCAUAAUAAGACAAUAAUGAGAAAGGAUCGAAGAGAUAGUAAAAUGUCUUGCUUUACAUAAGUCAACAUAAUAAAAAAGAACUUAAUAAGUGGGGGAUACAUGCUAUAUGUAAGGGGUGGGUAAAAAAUAUUAAAUGAAGUAGUUUUUUUGUCCAUUUUCUAUAAGUGUCAUCAUCGAUGGCGAAUAUUUGUUUUUCUUUAAAAUAUUUGUUUCAAUGUCCAUUGUACAGAUGUGAGUGACGAUAGUCAAUGUUUCAUUUGUUUGUAUUUUUUAAUGCAUGUGUCUCGCUUUAUUUCACAUUAAAUAUCAUGAAAUAGUGUUACUGCCCGACAAAAAAUAUCUCUUUUUAAAACAAUAAUUAUCAUGAAUUAAUUUACAAACUAUAUUUUAUUUUUCAAGCUUAUUAUGCCUUUGAAACUUUGUUCUUAAAGAUUUAUUCCAUAAGUAAAUAUUGCUCUCGUAAAAGCUGUGUCAUCAAAAUCUGAUAUACAUAUAUUAUAACUAUUUCCAGAUUAUAUACUAUGAUUUUUGUUAUAUUCUAUUCUAUAAUUGGGUUUGAAGACAAAAUUCUUCAAUGUCUUCUCCGAAAUCUGUACAUAAUAUGUAUUAAGAGUUAAUUAAAAUCAAAGAAAUAUUUAUUUAUAAUGUUAAAGUUAUGCUAUUUCUAAUAGUAAUAUUUUUUAUGCUAUUAAGCUACAUUUUCUAACACAUUGAUAAUCAAUGAAUAAAUAAAUUAUUGAGGUUAUUUCAUUGCACGUUACAAGAAGCUUUCGAGAUGUAUCUAGUACAUUCUGUACUUAUCUUUAGUAUUUGUCACAUUUUAGAUAAAAUAUUACAAACUAUUUAAAACAUAGUUUUAAUAAGCAAAAAUGACAGAAAAAGAGAGAUGCUAACAUUUUGGACCAAUUAAAAGGUGAUAAUAAAUCAUCACCGGAAAUCAUCCAUAAUACGCGAAGAAUAAGAAAUUGAUAUGAGAUCAAAAUUCAAAUUUCAAUGAUAUGAAUAUUACGUCCUAAGCAUGUAAUUAAAAUAUUAGCUUACAUUCCGCUAUGAUUCCAUGAGUUAUUUCGAUUACAAAAAUUCUAUUGCAAAAUUACAUUCGUUUUUCUUCUACUUCUGAUAAUUUUGUUCUAUCCGCUGAUAAUUAAUGCGCACAAGUUUCACUAUAUUGUGUUCAAAUAUCAACAAAACUAUUAUGUUUAUAUAAAAUAGAAAUAUAUAGAAAUAUAUUAAAUGUGAGAACUGUGUAAACUGUGAAAUAAACCAUCGAUUUAUGGUUAAAUCAGCGUAGUAAACGUAGUAAAUCUUGAAUAAGAUGUUAAUUAUUUAAACAGAUGGACAUGUAACAUGUAAAGAGAAAUGAAAUAUGGUAUCUUUAUGGUAUCUUUAGCAACAGUUUAUUCAUGCCUCUCGUUUCUAUUUAUACAUAAAAUUGCGAUAUUCGUGUUAAACCUUUAAAAAAUUCGUGUAUCUUAAUCUCAUCAAAAUUAAAUAUAAACAAAAUAACCUUAACAGAAUCAACGUUAUUGCAUCUAUUGCAAAUCUAUUUCCUAAUUCUAAAUGUAUUUCGUAAGGAGCAUAUGUAACAAAUUAUUGUAAAAAUUAUUCUAGUUGCAUAGUGUUAAUGAUAGGAUGAAGAAAUGUUAAAAAGAAAGAUACAAGUAUCUUUGAAAAACAAAGGCAAAGAUCGAGACUAAUCAGUAGCAAUGUUAUAUUAACUAUAUAUGUGAUAUAACAAAUAGAAUGCGCGAGUAUAUUUUUAGGGUAAUAUAACGUAAUCCACUACAGAAAUAUCGCGCGCACGCGAUAUAUGAUAAUUAAUCUCUUGUUUAAUGUUAUAAUCAGACUUGAGAUUCAAUGUAUAUAUUACUUUACAUCGUGCAUGUAGGAAGAUUCCGCUUUUGACCAGGUCGAAUCUAAAGAUGUCCUUAUAAUAUUCGUAUAAAUUCGUAUAAAAUGUUUCGACGUAAGUUUAUAUACACGAAAUCUUCAAAAUGACACAGUCGGCAAUCUUUUCACAAAAGAGACUGGUUAUAACCAUAUUCGUGCUGUAUAUUCAAUGUAAAUAAAUUAUUAUGUUCUAAAAU